GCUUCCUUCACCUACUCCUACUACUACAAAGCUAAUUACUUACUACUACCUGUCGUCUAUGCUAUCUAUCUUUACGUCUUUCUCCUACUGUCGACGGCCAUCUCUUUUUUGUUAGAAUAUUUUUGGCCUUAAUUUUUAUUUGUGCAGGCAGCUACACCAAAGAUGAGGAUGAUGAUAGACCUCGGGAGCCAGAGAGGGCCUCUCCAUAUAAAUAUAAUGGACACGGCAACCUCUGUGGAGUGUGGCAGGGAAGUUAGGUUCCGCCGAUCUUUCCGGUCUCUGGUGGAAUGCAUGGUCCCUUGUUGCGGCUUCCAACCUUCAGACUCAGUCUCCAGCGACACGGAAUCAACCCAUGGCUCAAGUUCAACGGUGACAGGAACCUUCUUUGGAUACAGGAAGGGCCGUGUGAGCUUCUGCCUCCAGGAUGACACGCGAAGCUCUCCUCUUCUGCUACUGGAGUUCGCUGUCCCCACCGCAUACCUUGCCAGAGAGAUGCAGUACGGUCUGCUGAGGAUAGCGCUGGAAUGCGACAAGCACAAAGAAAAUAGAUGCAGCAGCCCUUGCUCGCUCUAUAACGUGCCCGUUUGGUCCAUGUACUGCAAUGGAAGGAAGGUGGGAUUUGCCAUAAGGAGGCAGAUGAGCGUCAAUGAUGCGGCGGUGCUUAAGCUCAUGCAGUCUGUGUCGGUGGGUGCUGGAGUUUUGCCGGUUUCGCCGAAGUCGUCCGAGGAGGACGGGGACCUCAUGUAUCUGCGAGCUAGUUUCGAAAGGGUCAUUGGCUCAGCCGACUCCGAGUCAUUUCACAUGCUUAACCCAGUGGGUAGCACUGGUCAGGAGCUCAGCAUAUUUCUAUUGAGAUCAUGACACCUCUACGAAUUAUAUAUAUAUAUAUCAUUUCCACUCAAAAGUUUUAAACCCAACCCACCGGGCUGUGCUGAAUUAUAGGAUGAUUUAUUCUUACUUCUUGUCACUUGUAGUCAUUAAGUAGUAUAUAUAUAUAUAUAUAUAGUUCCAAGUUUCAUGUA